CCACACGCUUCAGUGAGGGUCGCCUUUAUUUGUGUCGACUGAACACAUCAGUUAAUUUUUUUAACCAAAAGAGAAAGAGUGAUUUUUUUUUUUUUACUUUGAAGAUUAUUGUUUUGAUAUUAUUUAUUUAAAAAAAUGGUGGUUUAGUGUUGGUGGAUGCUGAUUGGGAUGUGAAUCGUGGAAACAUUUUGAAGAAUAUCAGCAAAAAGUUUUGGAACUUCUACUGCUGCUUGGCUGCCGCCACUGCUUAACUCCAAGGUGCCGAUAAGACGAUAAGAUAAGUGCGAAUCGACUCACAUGGCGCGCGAGACGGAGCACUUUGCCGGGAGUCAGUUCGGAGGCCGCUUCCACUUCAGUCUGAUCGCGGCAAGUAAGCUCCUUUGGGUCUGACCGAAGAGAAAGAAGAAAUAAAGACAACGGAGAGAGGGAAGAGAAAACGGGUGGCGACGCAUUUACACAAGUAGAAAACGGAGAGAAGAAGCGAGAGCGAGAGUGAAGGAAAACAGGAAGGUUUUAAGGGAUUUGACUGCGUACUCGCCGUCAAUCCGCACACGCCGUGAAAAAAACACGCACCUAAACAAACACCAUGGAACACCUCACCACACAAGCAGUGGCACAACUCGUGAACGCAAGUGACCCGACCGCUGAGUCUCCAGACGAGGUGCAGACGUGGUCGCUCGUGCUGGUGAUGGUCGUGUCUUCAACAGUGAUUGUUAUUGGGUCCCUCGGCAACCUCCUCACGCUUGUCACCCUCGCACACCAGUUCUGCAUGCCCGUCCGACUUAGGUGUAUCAAGUACAUGACACCUGACACUGUGCUCAUCAUCAACCUGGCACUCGCUGAUUUUCUCUACUCAGCCGUUAACCUGCCCUUCAUGUUCAUCACUUAUUACACAAUAUAUGAGGGAAACGUCUCAGGGAACCCGAAAGUACCUUGGGAGAAUUACAAGGAUGCCUGCAGUUUCUCGGCAUUUCUCAGGUACACCAAUGCCAUCUCCGAGUGGACGACUUUGGGUCUUAUGGCCUUAGAGAGGUGUAUUUGUAUCCACAAGUUUCGCCACAACAGCAGACGACCUAACAAGUGGUUUACUUGCUGGAAAACCUUUUUCUACUGCCUAUCCAUUUGGCUGUUUGGCAUAGCGCUGCAAAUGCCUACAUAUCUCGGGGUGUACGGGACUUUUGGUUACAACAACAUUACCCUCAAAUGUGAUUUUAUGGCCACCUCCGCUGAAGCAAGUCCACGCAUCAUGUUUUUCACCAUGGAGACUGCUAUUCCUUGUAUUCUCAUCUUUAUUGGGAAUAAUUUCAUUUUGGUCCAAGUCUACGCCAACAACAGCCGUAUUCUUUCGGUUAUGGGGUCGCACGCAUGCCAGCAGGCUCAGCUCCGCCGCAGCCGAACCACCAGUGUCAUUGUUCGCCUCUUAAUCGUGUUCCUCAUUUGCGUCAUUCCCAUCUGCUUGUAUAACAUCAUCUUCAUCAAAGACGAUGCCACUCUGCGGGAAACCAUCCCAGAACUCGGCAUAGUCCUGUACUGCAUCUACUUCCUCCAGUACUGCAUCAACAAUUUCAUCUACGUCGUUUGUUUCGAGAAGUACCGCUGCGCGUACUACCAGUUCCUCUGUUUCAUUCUGUGCCGGAAGGUGGAGCCGUUAACGACGGCCAAGGCCCCUCCUCUGCGCCCAAGCAACCAAGUCUACACGAUAAGCAAGCCCUCCGGUCUCCAGGUGCCCGAGAAGAGGUUCACGCGCACGCCCUCGGAGUGCGAGGAGGAGAGCCGCGCCCAAAACGACCCGGAGUACCAGCAGUGGCCGAGGGAGUCGCCGUCCAGCUCGCUCUCGUCCCAAGCCAGCCUCGCGCUGGAGAUCCCCGUGUCGCGCCUCGCCUCCUCGCUCCGGUCGCCUGGGGCCAGCGUCACCUUCGAGUGCGACGCGCCCGACAGGAGGCACACCUUCGGGAGCGUGAGUACCUCCUCGUCGAGUAGCACUCUGGUCCUGUCCGCUGCGAAGAAGUGCUCGCUCAAGAGAAAGCUGAAGAGAACGUUUUCCAGAUGAGGAAGCGAGGUCGACUUUCAAAACAUGUACAGCUGUGUUGUGUAUUUGUUUCUAUAUAUAUUGAAAAUGUAUAUAUUGUUACCAGUUGAUAAAUAAUCUUUCACUGUAUAUAGUCACAAUAAUUUAUACUAAUAUUUUUAUAUGCUAUCUUUUAUACAAAUAUAUGGCAACUGUGCACACAGAUACAUACAUACGUAUAUGUAUAUAUGCGUGUGUGUGUGUGUGUAUACAUAAUGAAUGUGAAUGUGUUCUAAUAUUUUGAUACUUCAAGAACGUUUUUGCAAGAAAGUAUGAAAAAGGUAAUUUUGUAUAUAUUUAAAUAAAAAGGGAAUCUAAUCUAU